UCUCCCUGAUGACUAGACUAGUCGACUUCUUCAUGUUCCUUGGGUGGUUGUUCUUCUGCUUGUUUGCUUGUUGUUCUUGAAUUCUGGUGUUCUUCUACUGCAUGGCAGUUUGCUUGGAUGUAAGAGUAAUUUCUCCGUGCAUUCCCAGUUGGAGUAGAUGUCUAGAUGGAACUCCAGCAGAGUUUGAGGUCUGCUGGGUUUUAUCCCUUGUGGUUUUGUUGGUCCAGUUAAGAUCUUUUAAGUAUGUUACUUUGAUCAUCCAUUCAAGUCAGGAAUUUGUUUCUUCCAUGUUAAACGAUGUGGUGGUGAAUUUUCAAGUGGAACUUGUUGAUGCUUUGGUGUCUGCACUAAUUUGUGUUAUUCCUGUUGGUAGUAAGUCUAAUCUAGAUCAAGUUUUGUUCUGAUGAGAUGCAGCUUAUAAGUUUGGUAAAUUCUGUUAUUUUUCUUCCUAUGUCUUGCCACUGUUAGCAAGUUCUCUGGGCCAAGUACUUAGAUAAUUUACUAGUUACCGGGUGUCAUAUUUGCAGUCCUUCAUCUGAACCGCUAAGGAUGUUUUUAACCUAUUUAAAAGUAGAGUGACAAUUAUAUCUGAUAUGGGAUGUUUUAUGUGAAAAAAUGCAAGUGGAAGUUUUGUUCAUUAGGUUCCUCAAAUGAUAUUGUUAUCUUGAAUUAUGUUUAAUUUUUCAGCAUUUGUUGUCCUCAGCUGGUGGUUUAGAUCUCUAGAGAAACACGAUUUAACUGAAAGGGGCCUCUAGAUGAGCAACACCAGAGCUUCCAUCUUUUCUGACGACUACUGAAUGUGCUAUUCUUGGCCUUUUCUAUAGAUAAGGUUCCGUUUCAGAGAUUCUCGUAACCAGAAAAGAGGGCAUGCUUUUCAUAUGUUUAUCCUUAAGUUUGGCAUCAAAACUAGCACACAAAUGCCCAAUCUGCCACUUUCCACUUCUCUGCACUCCACAUUAUGGCCGGCACAUUUGUCAUACUACCUACUACUACUCUUCAGCUCAUUAUUUCAGAUGUUUUCCUAACAUUAUUUUCUUUAAUUAGCAUCCAUGUGUCGUGCUCAAUGAACAGCCCAUAUAUUGAUUAGGAUAAACAAGAGACACUCAUCUAAUUUCAGCCAAGAAAGUACCAAUUCAGGCUCCAUGCUCUUAUCCACAAACUGUCUAUACUUGCAGACAAUGUCCAUUUCUAAGUUUUUCAGUUUGUCAUGAUCACCACCACACUGACAAGAAGAAUAUAGCAUGUUAUUCUACUCAUUCUCCACUUCUGAGGCAGAAAUCGGUGAGAGUGGUAGGUGUUUGUUGCGAUCGUUGAAGCAUGAAGAGCAGCAGCCAAGAAGCGGGAGAGGAGGUGUCCGAGAUCAGCAGCCAGGCGGCGUCCAACAACAACGAGACGUGCAACUCCUCCUCCGGCAAGGUCAGCCUCGACCUGUCGCUCACCGUCGCCGCCGCCGCCGCGGCGGCUGCCUCCGCCACCGAGUCGAGCACCACGGACAGCGGCGGCACGCGGCCGGCGGCGACGGCGACGGCGACGGCGCGCGAGCCGGCGCGGGUGUUCACGUGCAACUACUGCCAGAGGAAGUUCUUCAGCUCGCAGGCGCUGGGCGGGCACCAGAACGCGCACCGGCGGGAGCGCACGCUGGCCCGGCGCGCCGUGCGGCUCGACGCGUUCCCCUACGGCUACGCCGACGUGGCCUCGCUGCCGCUGUACGGCGCCGGCCUGUACCCCAUCGGCAUCCAGGCGCACGCGUCGGUGCACCACCACCACCCUGGCGUGGCGGCGCCGGCGGGGCGCGCCGAGUUGAGGUCGGCGCGCGCGCUGCUCGGCCCGAUGCCGUUCUUCGUGCAGGCGGCAGGCGAUGAGGAUGCCAGCUUCGGGUGGCCGGGCAGCUUCAGGCCACCGCCCACCGCCGCCACCACCAUCCCCGCCGCCGCCGCCGCCCCGGUCGCCGUCAACUCCGGCUCCUCCAACUCCAACCACGGCGGCAGCGUCGUCGUGCAGGCCGCCGCCGACGAGCCCGACCUCACACUUAGACUCUAGCUGUCCCAUCCAUCCAUCCAUUAGUCUGGUGUAACAUUCAUCAGGUUGCUCCUGAUCAUCUCCUCCGUUUGUGAGUAGAAUUCUUGCUUGCUUGCUUGCUUCGCUCUCGAUCCUGCUGCUUGAGCUUGACAUCAACCAACCUGCUAGUAAAUUACUAUUGCUUCAAAUGCAUGCGUGGAAGUAUUGUUUUUGUAAAUACAGCUUAGCCUAUCCUAAUAUGAUUGUACUUGUGCCCUAGCUAGACGAGAUGAUCCUCCUUUGAGCAGUUGAGCUCUCUGCUCAUGCAAUUUUACAUUUACAUUUUCACAA